UGUGCGUGUGUAUGUGUGUGAGUGUGUGCUUUAUAUAAGCCUCUGCAGCCCCAUCUAUGCUUUAGUGCCAUUGCAGGAUCUGCACAGCAUCUACAAUCUAUUAUUGAGCACAGGGGUUUAUAUUGUAGAGAAGAAUGGCUUCAAUAUCUGUGUACUUCCUGUUACUUGUCCUGCCAUUUGUGGCAUCAAAGUCCUCCCAGAAUUCCGGUUGCAGGAUCAGGAUCACAUCCAAGGGGCUGCAGUUUGUAAAACAGGAGAGCCUGAAGUUUGUGGAACAGGAGCUGGAGAAUAUCACCAUCCCGGAUUUGACUGGCACUGAGGGGAAAUUCUCCUACAGCAUCAACAACGUUCGUGUCACACACUUGCAGCUCUCGCAAUCCGACCUUUUGUUUCAGCCGCACAAACAACUGGUGUUGGACAUUAGUAAUGCAUCCAUCAGCCUUAACUUCCAGAGGAAGCUUCUUUACUGGCUCUUCUAUGAUGUGGGAACGAUCAAUGCAUCAGCAGAAGGAGUGCACAUUAGAACAGAGCUGGAUCUUUCACGGGACUCAAGAGGACGUUUGAAGAUUACCAACAUGUCAUGUGAUGCAACUAUCAACAGAAUGCAGGCUGGAUUCAGUGGCACACUCAAGAGGGUAUAUGAAUUCCUUGCUACAUUCAUAACAACUGGGAUGCGAUUUCUUCUAAACCAGCAGAUCUGUCCAGCUCUCAGGCACGCAGGGUUGGUCUUACUUAAUUCUCUACUUAACACAAUACCUGUGAAGAAUCCAGUAGAUGAUUACAUUGGCAUAGACUAUUCCUUGCUGAGUGACCCCCUUGUAUCUGAAGACAGUCUGGAUAUGGAUUUCAGGGGUAUGUUUUAUUCCCUGAAUGCAGAGAAUGACUCAAUUCCCAACACAUCUCCAGCCCUGCACAUAAAACAGAAGGAACGCAUGGUGUAUAUUGCACUCUCUGAGUAUUUCUUUGAUUCUGCAAUGUAUGCGUAUUAUCGAUCGGGCGUACUCAGCCUGGAAAUUGCUAAUGAAGAGGUGCCCAAAGACUUGGAGGUUUUGCUCAGGACAUCAUACUUUGGAAGUCUCAUGCUUCUGGAUCCUUCUGUGGCUGAGGCUCCAAUGAAGCUAGAAUUACGGGUUUCCACAGCUCCCCGAUUCACCAUAAAGCCAACUGGAACAAGUGUCUCAGUCAACGCCAUCUUGAACAUAUACCUGAUUCCACCAGCCCAGCCCCCUGUGCAGCUGAGCAGUAUGACCAUGGAAUCCCGACUUAGUGCCCGGGUAACUCUGAAGAAGACCACAUUACAAGUUCAUCUGGACCUUAAGCGAUUUAGAAUCUAUUCAAACAAGUCAGCACUGGAAUCCCUGGCCCUUAUACCUUUGCAAGGUCCUCUGAAGACCCUUUUGCAGCUCACUGUGAUGCCUGUCCUUAAUGAAAGAACAAAGGGAGGAGUCAGCAUCCCACUUCCCGAAGGGUUGGAUUUCACCAGAGAAACCACUACACAUCACGCUGGUUUUAUUCUUAUUGGUGGAGAUCUACACUUCUCCAAGAGUUUGCGUGAAGUCAUCGAGAAGUACCGUCCUGAGACAACAUCUCUUCCAGCAACCACCGAAGGCACCAAUGAGGCUGUCUGAGAACCAACAUACCCAAGUCUCUAUGGAGACCAUAGAAUGAGUUUACUCUAAGAUACAGCUCAGUGAGAGCAUAUAAGAAACCUUUGAGGUGGCCUAACUAUCAAAGGGUCUCCCAAAAUGAUUCACUCAAAACCGUCCAAUAGUCUACAGGAAGGCCCGUGGAUCAUAUUAGACUGUCAAAAGCAUUGUAUGAGGGCAACAGGAUUCCAGAGGAAUCUUACGUCUGAUUUUAAAAUUCCAACAUGCAUUUAUUUUUUUAUCCAACAAGAGACUUUAUUGAUAAAGACAUCAUUGUUCUAAAAAGCAGUAACAUAUUUAAAGGAGUUUACCAUCAUUG